AUGGAUACUCUUGCUAGUUUUAAUGAAGAAGAUGAAUCAAUUCAGCACUGUGAACCCAAUGUUACAUUUAUAGUUGACGAGGCUACAUUUGGAAAAGGCACUCUGUAUGUUGCUGAAAGUAAACUUUACUGGAAGAAUGAUGCAUCCAAUCAAAUAAUUAGUAUUGAUUACAAAUCCAUGUGUGUAUUUGGUACAUGUAAUCAUCCAGUAGUACAUGAAAAACCCUGUUUGCAAAUAAUAGUUGACUUCUCUUAUAAACCUUCUGAUAGUUUACAACCUGAAAAUGGACAAAACCUAAAUGGUGACAACCAUAUUAAUGAAGAUGAUAAUGAUUCUGAAGAAGAUAAUGAAGUUGAUGAAAACGAAGAUGAGGAAGGAGAAAUGAAAUCUAAAAUCAAACUUGUACCUGACACCCCAGAAUAUCUGAAUGAAAUAUAUUUAGCAUUUACACGUGUACAACUAUUACAUAAUACUAAUGAUUCGGACACUGAGGAAGAAGAUGGUGAUUAUUAUAACGAAAAUGAUGAAUUUGAAGACUAUGAUGAACAUGAUGGUGAACAGAUUUUGAGGAAUUGA